AUUAUCACGUGAGCAAGGCAGUUGUAUAACUGGAUCGAUGAAUCGGUAACGUAUAAGCAAGAAAGUCGCUAGCCAUGCUAGUAAAGUUGCGUCGAAAUUUCCUGCGUAAUAUAUCUGUACAUUUACGUGUGAAUUUUUUCAGAUGGACAAAUACAAGACUCUUUUCCACGGUUCAAGGCCAUAUCUCAGAGGAAGAAAAAAUUGAUGUCAAUGGAGUGAAUAUCAAUUACCUGAGAGUUGGAAAUGGUGAACAACCAGUUUUGCUUUUGCCGGGUGCCCUAGGCACGAUUUGGACAGAUUUCAAACCACAAAUAACGGGACUCGAUGGACAAAAAUUUACCAUAAUAGCAUGGGAUCCACCAGGUUAUGGAAAAUCAAGGCCACCUGAUCGGACAUUCCCAGAUGAUUUUCUACAGCGUGACGCUGAUUGGGCUUACAACUUAAUGAAAAAUUUAGGUUACACGAAAUUUUCAUUGAUAGGAUGGAGCGACGGCGGUAUCACUUCUUUGAUGCUCGCUUCAAUGUUUCCCGAUAAUGUUCGAAAGAUGGUAGCCGUUGCUGCGAAUGCCUAUGUAACGCCAGAAGAAGUCAAUAUUUACAAAAAAUUUCAAAAUAUCGACAGCUGGUCGGAAAAAAUGCGAGCGCCAUUGAUAGCGGUAUACGGGGAAGAAUAUUUUCGAAAUACUUGGUCCAAUUGGGUAAACGCUAUAUUGAGAAUUUACGAGAAACAAAAUGGUGACUUAUGCAAACAAUCAUUAGCAAAAAUUAAAUGUCCCAGUUUAAUUAUUCAAGGUAACAAGGAUGCAAUGGUACUCCCCGAACAUCCGACUUACUUGAAAAAUCAUAUCAACGGAGCAAGACUGAAGAUUUUUGAAAACGGAGCACAUAAUUUGCAUUUACGAUAUCCCGAAGAAUUCAACGAUGUCGUUACCAAAUUCUUGCUCGAAUGAACAAAGCUGUUUUACCAUGAUACGUAAAUAUGGUAAAGAAAGAACGUAUAAUAUAGGUCGCAUUUUCUAUUUUACAAAAAGUAAUCUUAAAUGUAUCUAAUACAUAAAAAAUAUUGACCAAUAUACUCUUACCAUUUAUUAUUAGUCUAUAGAAUAUGAAA